AUGGAGGGGCACACAUGGGAUGCGGUGGGCCUCACUCCUGGGGCGAGAGGCGUUGCAGUUGCAGGCAAUACCAUUGUCUUUCCUAUUGUGGGAGACAUUGAAGUUGACGACGACGACGUACAUGCCUGUACCGUCAUCUACUCCGAGGACAACGGUGCCACUUGGAAAUUUCCUGCGGUGCCUGUGAUUGGUAAGGACUGUGACAGUGCCACGCUUCUCGAGUGGGAGGGGAAACUCCUCAUGGCCACUUCAAAAUCUACCUCGUGGCGGCGCAGGGUGUACGAAUCCAAUGACAAGGGGAAGACGUGGACAGAGGCCUAUGGGACACUUCCACGCCUGUUGAGCCAAUCAGAUGCACCGCCUAUGCUUUACGGUUCCGUUGACCUUAUGACUGCAACCAUUGAGAAGAGGAGUGUGCUGCUGUACACGCAGUUGUUCUCCAGUAGUUCUGCGGCAGCCGCAGGCAAACAAAGCAGCACACACAAAGUAAUCAACCUUUGGCUCUCUGAUGGAGCUCGGAUCUUUGACGUUGGGCCAAUAUCUGCUGAUGAUGCGGGAUUUUAUCCCUUCACCUCGCUGCUGCACACUCAAGGUGGGUUGUUUGCCCUCUACUCGAAGAAAGGUGAGCAUGGAGGGCUAGACAGUCUUGUUUUCAGGCCCCUCACGGAGCAGUUGCAGCACAUCAAGUCCUUGCUGCAUACUUGGAAAGGUGUGGAUGACAGGGUCUCAACGCUUUGCAGCUCCACCACUACUGCAACGAAGGGCGGCACAAAAGCAGCUGGCUGCGUUGGCCCUCUGCCAACGGCCGGGCUGAUUGGAUUUUUGUCUAACAAUGCCAGCGAUACUCACUGGAAUGACGAGUGCCUUGGGUUGGGUGCCACGGUGUCUACGGGGACAACGACGAAGGUUGAGAAUGGCUUCCGGUUGGCAGGGCGUGGCGCACGGAUUGUGUGGCCAAUGGGCAGGCAGGAGAGUAAUCCAGUGCGGAGUUAUGUUGGUGAGGAGCUGACGCUUGUGGCGACAGUGACCAUCAGCAAAGUUCCAACGGGCGUCACUUCGUUGCUGGGCGUGAGCAUGAUGAGUCCCAACGGGAAGCGUCUCGGGCUGUGGUACGACGAGCGUCGGCACUGGAAGACGAAGCGUGGGGAGGAAGGGAAUGCAUCAGCAGUUACGUGGGAGGUGGGGACGGCGUACCGAGUGGCGUUCACGUUGCAGAAAGGCGGCUGCUCGGCGUACGUCGACGGGCAGCUUGUGGGGAGUUUGGGGGAUCAAGGCGUAUCUCCUUUGGAAGCUCCACAUUCCCCUGGAGUUGGUCGUGAGCGGUCUCUGCCAGAAAUACAACCUGAAAUAGUCUCAGACAUCUACUUUGGGGGCUAUGGGGAAGACGCAGAGAGCCACGUGACCGUGACGAACGUCUUGCUGUACAGCCGCCGCUUCAACGACAGUGAGAUUGCGGCACUGAAGAGGAUGGAAACGAAGCAUCCGACUACGGCCGCUGCAUUCCCUGCCCAGGACCAUACGGGCACCAAACACAGCGCGACUGGAUCAGCUGGCGGCAGGAGCGGGUCGUCGGGAGCAGCCAGCACUCACCACGCGAAGACCAAAGCGGCUGACAGUUCUGUGCGUGGGCGUCUGUCUGGGGUGCUGUUGUCGCUGCUUCUGCUGCUUGUAAUGUGGGACUUCUCUGCGCUUUGCUGA